GCAGUUCCAUAGCAACCGUGAACAACAACAUGGCAAAAGCAACCACUAUUAAAGAGGCCCUGGCAAAAUGGGAGGAGAAAACAGGAGAAAAAGCAAGUGAGUCCACAGCAGUGAAGCUUUAUAGUCAGAUCCCUCCCAUUGAAAAAAUGGAUGCAUCUCUCUCAAGUCUUGUCAACUGCGAGAGAUUAUCCUUGUCUACAAACUGUAUCGAAAAAAUUGCCAACUUGAAUGGCCUUAAGAACCUUAAGAUAUUGUCCUUGGGGCGGAACAACAUCAAAAAUCUGAAUGGACUCGAGGCAGUAGGUGAUACACUGGAGGAGCUGUGGAUCUCUUUUAACCUCAUAGAAAAGCUGAAGGGAAUUCAUGUCAUGAAGAAACUCAAAAUCCUUUACAUUGCCAACAACUUGGUCAAGGAGUGGGGGGAGUUUCUGAAGCUUGCAGACCUUCCAUCAUUGGUGGAUCUUGUUUUUGUGGGAAACCCAUUAGAGGAAAAGCAUGCUGCUGAUGGCAGCUGGAUAGAGGAGGCAACUAAGAGACUUCCCAAUCUUAAAAAGAUAGAUGGCAACCCAAUCAUUAAACGAGAGGAGGAGGAGGAAGCUGAAGGGGAGAGUUAAUGCAAUUUGUUUAACUUUCUAAAUUUGAUAAAUUUUUAUUCUGAAGUUGGUAUGUUUUUAUUGAUCAAACACCAGCAUUUUAGCUAUUAAAUGUCUGUUCAAUAUUUACAUUGUUCUAGAUGUAUUUAAAUAAGUUGAAAAUCUAAAUCAAAUUUCUUAAAUGUUAACACUAUUUGUGUUGAAUGGAGAAGCACUCCAUGGAUAUCUUUUGUUAGCCUAAGCACAAGAGUUACAAAAUCAUGAUUUAUGGGUUGUACAAAAGGACAAAAUUGAUGGAACAGCAAUUAACUAAAAACAUUUUUUUUUACAAAAUCAAAGCAACAUUUUGUUAUAUUGUAGCUCUCACUUCUCAUCAGGGUAAUCAAUAACAUUUUAAAUGGUAAAAGACUGUGUGCAAGCUUGUGACAAAGCAAAUUCAAAAAUGUCUGAACUGCUCAUUAUGUGUAUUGUUAGCACAGUACAUUUUGUGUGUUUGGUAUUUUAAAAUAUGCACAAAUUUGUAGCAUGCCUGCAUAAAUUAUAUUAAAGGGAUUGUUCAUCCAAAAAAGAAAAUUGUCUCAUCAUUUA